UCUAUUCUCCGGCUUCGAAGCCGGUCGCUUUACCGAGAACUUGAUUGACAAUCAGUACCGCUUUGUCGAUCGUCAUAAGUUCGCGUGCACAAAUCUUGUCAAUAUCUCGAAAGACACGUGACAGGUGGUUCGCUUCGGCGUAAUUUUUCAUUGUCGCAGAAAAUAAUAUAAAACGGAGAGACAAAUACGUAAGAAGAAAUGCAUUAUUUAUAUUCCAUGCAAUUAUCAAAAGAUAAAUGGAUAUGAUAUAUAUAUAUUUACGUUCAGACGUUGCUUGAAAAUUCCGCGCAGUCUGCAAAUAUUAUCAGUGUGUUCAAUCGUUCAAUCUUCACGACGAUCAUUUUGUCCUUCCUUUCUCGAUUUGUAAAUAAUUUUAAAAAUUGUGAAUUGAAGUGUAAGAUACGAUUUCCGUGAAUAUCCAUAUACAUUGCUUUCAAUUCGACCGGAAAUUCGUGGCAAAGUUCGACGUUCUCGGAACAGUGGGUGUGUCGCGGUUUGUCUCGCGAUGGAAGCAGGAUGCGAGUCGAAGGCUGGUGCCGAUAAUCUUUAUGAACCUUAUAAUGUUGAAAAAACGGAAACGAAUUUUCUAAGUCUUGAUGCAUUGCUGGCAGAUCUUCAAAAUACAGUAUCAUCGGAAGGAAAUCAUGUCGGUAGUAAUGCGACUCCUGGUUACGGAUCACUGAACGGCGCACGAACUACCGCCUAUAGAUCCUACGAUAAUCGAACUUCUCCUCUUCCGCCGCAAUCGCCAACUUAUCAGAAUCGCGAAGCUAUCGAGGAAAGCAUCGCGAAAAGUGGCGGAGGAGGGAAAAUGCCUUCUUUGAACAACAAUCUGUCGGAAUUGGACACGUUGCUUCAAGAUUUAAGCAACGCCCAUUAUAACGCUCAUUAUCAGGAAAGAGAAAAUCGUAUUUCCUCGAGUGGAAUGAAUGGAGAUUCUAGUCCAAUGCUUCGUUCUCCAAGCAGCAUGUCAGCCUCGAGACCCACCGUCGACUCGUUGCUCGAGGAGUUGAGUACCGCGGUACCAAACGGAGAUUAUCCUUCCGACGGAAGAGUGAAAGUUACCAUACAGGAAACGUCGACGGAGAUCCAACCCGUCUAUGACGGUUAUCAUUCCAGACAACACGGAUCGUUGAAUCGUAGCGAGGUCCAGAGAAGUUACAGUAAUGGUCACACUGCCAGUAACGCUACCAAGGAACUCGACGAUUUAAUGGCUUCUCUAUCCGAAUUCAAGAUCAAUAGUAGUUCCCAUCAACAUCAAACAGUGACCGAUUCUCCAUACGCUAAACCGAACAAAGCGACGAAAAGUUCGCAGAGCCCGUUGCCAUCCGAGGGCACGCAGACUAGGAUCCACAUCACCGAGACUCACACCACUCAUCACUACCAGCAGCAACACGGGGAACCUUAUCCACCGCAGCCAGCUACACAGACCAAACAGAAUCAAUUGGAUUCUAUGCUAGGAAAUCUUCAAGCCGAUAUGAGUCGUCAAGGAGUGAACACCACGCAAAAAGGAUGCUGCAGCGCUUGCGAAAAACCUAUCGUGGGACAAGUGAUCACUGCUCUGGGAAAAACUUGGCAUCCAGAACAUUUCACUUGCACUCACUGCAAUCAGGAACUGGGGACGAGAAAUUUCUUCGAAAGGGAGGGACACCCUUACUGCGAACCCGAUUAUCACAAUCUUUUCUCUCCCCGUUGCGCCUACUGUAACGGCCCCAUUCUAGACAAAUGUGUUACCGCUUUGGAGAAAACUUGGCAUACGGAGCACUUCUUUUGCGCCCAGUGUGGCAAACAAUUCGGUGAAGAGGGAUUUCACGAGCGGGACGGGAAGCCGUACUGCAGAGAGGAUUACUUCGACAUGUUCGCUCCGAAAUGCGGUGGAUGUAAUCGUGCCAUCAUGGAGAAUUAUAUAUCGGCGUUGAACAGUCAAUGGCAUCCAGACUGUUUCGUUUGCAGGGAUUGCAAGAAGCCAGUUUCUGGAAAGUCGUUUUAUGCGAUGGAGGGCAAACCCGUUUGCCCUAAAUGCGUUGGUGUCGAUGAUGAUGAAGAGGAGGAAGAAGAAGAAGAUUGUAGACAAAAAUUCCAAGGUGGAUCGUUUUUUGAUCACGAAGGUUUACCUUAUUGCGAAACUCAUUAUCAUGCUAAGAGAGGAUCCCUUUGUGCAGGAUGUCAUAAACCAAUUACAGGUCGUUGUAUAACUGCUAUGUUCCGGAAAUUUCAUCCUGAACAUUUCGUAUGCGCGUUUUGUUUAAAACAAUUAAACAAAGGUACAUUUAAAGAACAAAAUGAUAAACCGUACUGUCAUGGAUGUUUCGAUAAAUUAUUCGGUUAAAAUUUAUCGUAAAGUAUUCAUAUUUGUAACAUAAAAAAAACGAACAAGCUAUUCUGCUUGGCAUUACAUAUUUAUAGACUGCUCAUGUAUGUCUAUACCGCAUAGAAUAUGUAAUCGCUUUAAUCGUUAUGAAAUACGUAUUUCACGAUUUAAACUUCUCGUUCUCGUAAUCCAAGACAGCCUUUGAAAAUUUUUAUAAAUCUCAAUAUGCAAAUGGUGCAACAAUUUAAUUAUACGUCAUGUAUUGUUAUAUAUUCUUAUUAAGUAAGAAUAAGGUAAUAGAAUAACUGUAGUCCUUUGUAUCUUCCAUCGUCCGAAGUAUGAAGCAUGUUAGUAUAUUGCUAAUAUUUUUAUGUAUAUUUUAUAUUACGUAUUUCGAAUUGACUGUACAAUCAAAGGAUUAUUAAAGGGUGCUAAUUAUUAUUUUUUACUAAUAACAUAUUCGUUGACAUAUUCAA